GGGUUGGAAGAGACCGUGCUUAACACUUGGUCAUAACCACAAUCUCACUUGGAUGCUUAAAGGCGGUGGUUCCUCUCUGCAGAUUUACUUGGAAAGUUAGAGAUGACCAAUUGGAGAAUUCUGAUACUAGUUGCCUUGAGCCAGGCCUUUCUGGCACUGACUCAAACUUCAGUUGAUGUUAAAGAUAUCGAAAUCAGCAAAUGUCGAAUCAUGGGGAUUUUCCACGUUAGCUUGCAAGGUGAUUACAAUCUAUCACUGAUUCAAGCGCGUGAUACCUGUAACCAACUUGACUCGCAGUUGGCAACAAAGGCACAGGUCGAAAGUGCACAUGAGCUAGGCUUCGAAAUGUGCAGGUAUGGUUGGGUGGAUGAUGGUUUUCUUGUUAUCCCAAGAAUCAGUUCAAAGGAGCAAUGUGGAAAAAAUGGAACAGGCGUGUUGAUUUGGAAGGUUGAUCCUGACAAACUGUACGAUGCUUACUGCUUCCAGAAGAAUGAUGCCCAGAAGAUGAAUACUUGUGAGCCAUUAACUGAACAUCCAACUAUGUUCACGAAUCCAACAGAAACAUCAUUAACGGAUCUGGAUCACGCAAACUCAAGCAAUGAAUUCAGCUUUGAAUUUACUACCCCAUCAAACAGCAGAACUUUAGUACCUCGGAAAACAAAUUCCUUUCUGUCAACCUCAGCUGAUUCAACCCUUCAUUCAGCCCCCUCCUCAGAAUCGCAUAGUACUGCAGAGGAAAGUUCCAAACUUUCCAACAGUUUUAUUAUGUACUUGGCAUUGAGCCUGGUGGUAUUCAUUUUGUUCGUGAUCUUCGUGGCUGCUUUGGUCUGUUGUCUCAGAAAACGCAAGAAGCGUUUUUCGUAUUUACCCAGCCAGCCAAAAGAAGCCAUUGAAGCUGAAGUAUGGAGCAAUAACCAGACAGAGAACAACUCACCAUGAGAAGACACAGAAAGAAAAUCCAAUUAACAAACUUUGCAUCUUUCAAUAUCAAACAAGCAAACUAAUUCAAUAAACAUUCAGGAUAUGGAAGGGGGAUUAUAAUUAGUUUUAAAUAGAAUUACACUGAUUGUAAAAGAAAAAUAUGUAACAAAAAUUGAACGUAAAGCACAGAAAUUGGUCAUUCAGUUCAACUAAUCAAAAUUGUUAUUUUUGCUCCAUUUAAACUUUCUAGUAACCUUCUUUGAUUUUCUGGCUUUGAUGUCAGUAUUAAUACAUAUGUGCACAGACUCAGUGUCCUAUAAUCUCAUUGCUUGAAAGGUAAAUAAUGAAAGAAAAGUAAACUGUUUCGCCAAAGUAUCUCAUUCAACAUUUAAUUAAGCAGAACCCAUCACAACUAAUCCCCGACAUUGGGGUCAAUGCUAUAACUAAAUGAAUCUUAUUGUCUGUUUUGAUCAUUCAGCUACAGUUCUUACUUUGGACGAUAGUGUAAAGAUUACAAGAUAUAUCUAGCUUUGCCUCUCUCAGCAGAUUACAAGGUAAUGAGGAGUAGGGGAGUAGGAGAAGUUGGGGAAGACUGAAGGAAGUGUGGGAUAGACUUAGGUAGAGAGUAGAAGAAUUAAGGAUGAGUAAAAUAGUUGGGGCUAGAAAGAAUUGGGGGAAAGAUUCAGGGCAUAAAGGAGAAAUAUUAAGUCAUAAUGUUAAAGCUAAAUGGACCAACUGGUCCUUUCCUACAUACAAUUUUUUGUUCCAUUUGUAUGCAACAUUGUCUUACGAAUGUGUCAAAUUUCUUCUGGAAGAGAUGAAAAAAAGCUCACGACUGACAGUGGGUCAUUAGCAUCUCACAGUGCUCUCACUCUGCCAUUACUUCAUUCAUAUCCAUCGCGCAUGCACUGAUAACCUAUGACAUGGGCUUGCAGCAGAACACCUCCAGGUCUAUAAUCUGAUGUAUUAUUUCAAAAUGUCAUGGAUUACCUUUAGUUGUCCAUUUUUCCUCACAUUGUUGCUGGGUUCACUGUGCUGGUGAAACAGAGCUACCAAAUCCACAUCCUCUUGAUUGGGGCAAGAGCAAUUUUAGCUUAAAUGGAGGCCUCUGGGAAAAUCCUGUCUCUGUCUAGCAGUAACGUGGGCAGCAAGGUCCUAUUUAAAGAGUGAAAAUAACAUACAAAACGUGGGGUGGCAACUAAUUAAAAAUAAUUACAAUGAAAGUGAUAUGAGAACCAUUGGACCAAGGCAUGAAGGUAUAACCCGUUACCGAUAAGUAUACUUUAGUUUUAUUUGCUUGUAUUUUUAAUAUUUUCAUGUCCUCAGUGGGAGAAGGCAUAAUUAUAAAAACAAGUUUAUGUAGAAAAUAUUCAUUGCAAUCUUGGAAAUUUAUGUUUUAAAAAAUUGAUGAAGGUGUGUAUUAACGCUCUGAACAUAGUCUAGCUUUGAUGAAAUCCUGCCAUCAAUCCACAUGUAAGCUGAAAAGCUGUUACAAAAUUUUUAACAGACCAAUAGCCAUAAUUGAAUAAUCAGCAAACUAUUUUAAAGAUUUACAAGGGUUUUAUUUAUUCUACAUCUACAAGUUAGAACAAAUGCCAGUUUCCACCUUUCCCUCUGAAACCUUUCCCCCACAUAGAUGCGGAAGUGUUUUCUGUUAUAAUGGCAAUGGAACACUACUGGAUCCACCUUCAGUUAUGAACUCGCUAACAUUAAAAGAUGGCCCUUACUGAAAAAUAACACAGGAUCAUAAGAUACUGGAGCUCUAACAUUCAAUCAUAGCUGAUGCGUUUCUCAACCCUAUUCUCCUCUCUUCUCUCUAUAAUCCUUGAUUCCAUUACUAAUCAAGAAGCAUAAUUUAAUCCAUAUAUGCAUUUAUGUAAUUUCUGAAGCUUUUCCUCUAUUUCUUGUGUUUCCUCUGGGUGUUGUAAGAACCCUUUCAAACAGAUUACCCUGAAGGACUGAAAAUAGAAGAGAAACUCAGCAGGUCUGGCAGCAUCUGUGGAGAAAGAAAGAGUUCAUCAGAAUUAAUGUUUCAUGUCCAGCGACGUUUCUUCAGAACUGAAAAUUGUUGGGAAAUGAUUGCAUUUAUACUGUUUUCAGAGCGGGGUGGAGAAGAUGAGUAAGUCGAAUAGAUGGGUGCCCAGAGAUAGAAAAGAAAGAGAUUGCUGAUGGUAAGCCUGGACUGACAGACAUGAGUGCUAGAUACGUGCCAACAGAAAGUGUGAACAGUUGAAAAUAGGUUGCCUGUGCUGGAUUGGUAGAUGAAGUUAAAUGCGGAAAAAUGUGAGGUGUUACACUUUUGGGGCAAGUAAUAUGGAAAGAUAAUAUCAAAUAAAGGCUACUAUUCCAAAGAGUAUGCAGGAGCAGACACACCUAUUAUAUAUGGGGCACACGUCAUUAAGGGUGACAGGAUAGGUAGAGAGCUGUUAAAGGGCAGCACGGUGGCACAGUGGUUAGCACUGCUACCUCACAGCACCAGAGACCCGGGUUCAAUUCCCGCCUCAAUGUGGAGUUUGCACAUUCUCCCCGUGUCUGCGUGGGUUUCCUCCGGGUGCUCCGGUUUCCUCCCACAGUCCAAAAAUGUGCAGGUUAGGUGAAUUGGCCAUGCUAAAUUGCCCGUGGUGUUAGGUGAAGGGGUAAAUGUAGGAGAAUGGAUCAGGUGGGUUGCUCUUCAGAGGGCCGAUGUGGACUGGUAGGGCCGAAGAGCCUGUUUACACUGUAGGGAAUGUAAAUUUUUUUUAAAAAAGCAAUCAGUAUACUAGGCUUCAGCAAUUCUAUAGUUUAGCACAAGUACUGGUUUCCAUCUUUUCCUGGCCAGAAACUAACUCCACACUUUUCAUCACUUUUAUAUAAAAACGAUCAGUACAAUUUGUCAAUCAACUCUGGAGCUGUUUUAGUUUAUCUUCAAGGGACCUGCAUUUCUAACGCUGAUACAACACACAUUCCCUCUGCAACUAACUGUUUCUAUAAUACUGACUCUAAUCCUCAAUUAGAUUUUUGUAUAAUACAGAUUUUGAUUUUAUUCUUAUUCAAAUAUUGCUUCCUUUCUUUGAUAGGGAAGAAACUGACAUAUCACAGCAAAAUAUUUCACUUUUUAAAAAAGGCAAUGCAUAAUGUAGGUUGAAUUUUGAAAUCCACUUAAAUGAAAUAUAUAACUUGUGCUGUUACAGCAUGAAUCCUUCUUUAACUGAAAAAAAUUUACAUAUUUUAUUAUCAAAUGUUUGUUUUCAUUUCAAAAUUGUAUGACCAAACCUGCCCAAAUUGGUAGCUCAAAUUCUGUGCUUUUAUUUUUAGUUAUUUGUAUUUGCAACUUGACAUCUGCUGAAUUAAAAUAAACAAUUUAGGUCCAAUGUG